AAAUGUGAAGGAUGUGGAGAGGAAGAAAAUGUAGAACACGUAUUGGUGAACUGUAAGACAUCUGAACCUGAAAGGGAGAAAUUGAGAAGAAUGGUUGGAAGCACAGCUCAAGAAUGGAGUCUUAAAGGGAUAUUGGGAAAUGAAGGAAACAUAAUGGAUAUUUACAGAUUAAGGAAAGCAUUAUUUAUUUAUCUUCAGAAUACAAAAUUAAAAAAUAGAAUUUGAUAGAUGGAAAGUAAUGUUGAUACACACUCGUGUACAGUAGGUGGCGGUAUGCGCCUUAAAUUUGCCUGCGAUCUGCCAUAUUAGAAAAGAAGAAGAAGAAGAAGAAGAAGGUUGGUUGAGGUGCGUAGAGAACUACGUCUCCCAUAAUGCUUUGCUUUCGGUAGCGCUGUCGUCAUAAAACGCGACAAAAUCUGUUGCUAAACAAACCCAACACUGAUAUUUGAAUUUAAACAUGGAGGUGGAAAAGCCAAAAGAAGAGGAGCAAAAGGAGGACUGCGCUUCAAACCAGCAAACAUCGACAGAUGCCUGUCAGUCAAAGAGGCCCAACCAGGCUCUGUACGUCCCCAAACAGCGACGCCAGGCCGCUAAAGACAAAACUCCCACUCAGGGAGAGGACAAACCAAGACCCAAACCUCGAUAUACAGACAAGGCUCGAAAGAACGCCAAGAACAGGAAGGACAAGGCCAACACCGCAGCUGCAGCUGCAGGAGGCGCAGACGCUCAGAGCUGUGAUGUGCAGGAGGAGAGGCUGCAGAAUGGGCAGGAAGAGGCUGAAGCUUCAUCACAGCAGGAACCAGAAUCUCCCCAAGAUGAGCAGGAGGACAGCUGGGAAACUCUGUUCAAUGAUGAAGGAGACUGUUUAGAUCCACAUCUACUGGAAGAGCUGGCUCUGAGCGAGGGCAGAAAGAAGAAGUCGAAACAGGAACCUAGAUUUGACUACUACAAUAUGGACAUGGACGACGAAGACGAGAUUGACCUCACAGAGGACGAACUGUCCCACAUUGUGGAAAUCUACGACUUCCCCGCGGAGUUUAAGACGGAAGACCUGCUCAGGUUAUUUCAGUGCUACCAACAGAGAGGAUUUGACAUCAAGUGGAUUGAUGACUCGCAUGCCCUGGGUCUCUUCUCCAGCCCCGUAGCAGCCCGAGAAGCUCUCAGAACCAAACACCCACUGAUGAAGUUAAGACCACUUUCUAAAUCCUCCAACGCCACCAAGGCUAAAGCCCGCAGCUGCUCAGACUACCUCCUGCCUGCUAAAGAGCGACCUCAGACAAGCGCGGCGCUGGCUCGGAAGCUUGUGAUCGGAGCACUUGGUGUGAAAAGCAACUUAACGAAGGAGCAGCGAGAGGCAGAGAAGAAAAAACUCCAGCAGGCAAAAGACCAAAAGCGUCUGGCAGCAAAACAAAGAGAAGAUGCUUGGGAGGGAAAGUGAAUGGACACAAGAAUUUUCUUAUUUUUUUUAUUAUUUUGUUGAAAAUUACUUGAACUUCAAUUCUGGUUUUCUUUCAACCAGUCAUGAUUGGAGCAAACAUCUGGACUCGCGUUCAUCUUAUUAAAGCACAGAGACUCGAGGUGAAACUAUUUGAUCCAAAGCUUUUACGUUUGGCAUUAUAAUGUUUCAAAAGAGGUUAAUUGCUGCUUUAAUUAAGACAUUGUUGAAUUUGAUGCUAGCCUAGUGAGUAAAGAACACAUUUUUACUCUAAAUUACUACUGUUCCUCGGUAAUAGCUAACAUUUUUAAACUCAUACCAGCCUCAGACCAACCACUGCCAACCACAAGCGUUACUUUCAAGACUUUGAGUUAGGACAUCAUGUGUUGUGCAUCUUUUUUUGUUGUUGUUGUUGUUCAAGUCUUGUCCUGUUUGCUAAAACCCAGCUUACUGUUGAAAUUCAUUUGUUGAUUUUAUUUCAAAUGAUAAACAUCGGGUUCAGUUUGUGCAGAUUGUUCAUGUGUAAAGAUCAGAUUGAGGAUGUAAGAGACUUAAUGAACUCCAUUGUUUUGUAAGUUUGAACGAAUGGUUUCUUUUUUUUUUUUUUGCAUUUUUAUUCUGAUACAAAACUGUUUCAGUAGUUUGAGUUGUGGCCUAAACAAGUAAAAAUAAAGCACAAUCUCGGCUCAA